AUGGGCAUCCUCCUGAAGGAUUUGAUUGGCGCUGUCCCUCGCCCUUGGGGUCAGAAUAAGCUGUGGCAGCCUACGACCGAGGAAAGCGAAGGGCCGAGCUCGCGCGGCUCCGUAGAGUUUCGAAGCGGAGCGAAAGACCCUGAUGAGACAACGGUCUUGGCGGGGAUGAUCAGCCGACAAGGCAAUGCAGCUCUGAACGUCGGGCACGGCGAUUAUUGCACUAGUCACGGUAAUUUCGCCCUGAUGGGGUAA